AUGACGAGUGUUUCCAUUUUGUAUCUGCUUGAGAUGAGGCUGCUUCAGACACUGAUUCUUCUGAGUGUGCGUUUUCAGCUUUCAUCCGAAGAGUUAUCAUCGGGGUCCCGAGAUAUCUACGGUGAGUGAAAUCAUAUAAGAAAGGUUCAUUUCGCCUCGAAGGUUAAAAAACGUAAGGUAACAAGAAAGAUCUUAGAUCUUAAAACCGCGCUGUUUGAAUGAGGACUUGCUAAAUAUCAGCAAAUGGCUGAUCGCUAACAAACUCACACUUAAUAAGACAAAGACUAAGUUUAUGCUAAUCAGCUCGAGGCAAAAGCUAUACACCAUAACAGACUCUCCCGUUGUGAGCAUCAAUGGUACUCCCGUAAACCAGGUAUCAACGUCAAAAUCUCUAGGUUUAUUUAUGGAUGCAAACCUUACCUGGGGCAGUCAUAUCGAGAAGUUGGCUAAAAAAAUUCCGUCUUGUAUUGCAGCUAUCAAACGGGUGAGGCAAUUUUAACCCCCAGCAACACUGCAUCUUAUCUACAAAGCCUAGAUUCAGCCUCAUUUGGACUAUUGCAAUGUUGUUUGGGGAAACUGUGGCGCAAAACUAGAAGAUAAACUUCCGAAACGUCCAAAAUCGUGCUGCGAGCUCUAACUUUCUCAAGCUAAUUGACGCAUAUGCAUCGCAGCUGUUCCAAAAUUUCAAUUGGAAAAAUCUUAGUACUCAGCGUCAUAUCAUUUCGCCUGGAAGGUUAAAAAACUUAAAGUAACAAGAAAGAUCUUAAAUCUUAAAACCGCGCUGUUUAAGUGAGGACUUGUUAAUUAUCAGCAAAUGGCUGAUCGCUACCAAAAAAAACUGUGGCCUGAAACUAGCAGACAAACUUCAAAAACGUCCAAAAUCGUGCAGCGCGAGCUCUAACUUUCUGAGGCUAUGACGCAGAUGCUUAGCAGCUGUUCCAAAGUUUCCAUUGGAAAAAUCUUAGUACUCAGCGUCAUGUCCAAUAAAAGAUCCAAAUCUGAAUCUGAUCAAGAUUAGGGCGUGUGAGGCCGGUUCUCAAACUCAGUUAAUGUUCCUCCUAUUAGCAGCUUCAUGAUCAGAGCAAACUUCCGACCAUAGCGAUAAAAUUUUUAUUGUUGAUAGCAAAUCUCGAAGUAGCGACGCUGCGCCUCCAGUUUUUAAAUAAUGAUACAACACCGCCCCACCUGUUGUAUGGAUCACUUAUUAAAUUUCAAAGGUUAUGCUCCUUGCAUCUAUACAGAGAAAACUAGUUUCGCAUGCGCAGGCGAAGUUUUUAAUCGAUAAUAAAGGAAACAAAUAAAAAAAGUUAUUUAGUACUACGGAGGGAAAUAUCUGCAAAUUUGAAAACUUCUUCUGUGGAAAAAAAUGUUUUAUAUCUAUUAAGAAAAUUUAAUGAGAUAUUAGCAAUUCAAAACACCGCUUUCAUUGGCCGGCAGAAACCAUUAGGAAAAGAUAAAAACACAGACUGCGGAUGCAUCAAAUUUGCUUUUACAUGUAAAGCGGUAUGACGAGUGUUUCCAUUUUGUAUCUGCUUGAGAUGAGGCUGCUUCAGACACUGAUUCUUCUGAGUGUGUGUUUUCAGUUUUCAUCCGGAGAGCUAUUAUUGGGGUCCCGAGAUAUCUACGGUGAGUGAAAUCAUAUAAGAAAGGUUCAUUUCGCUUCGAAGGUUAAAAAACGUAAGGUAACAAGAAAGAUCUUAGAUCUUAAAACCGCGCUGUUUGAAUGAGGACUUGCUAAAUAUCAGCAAAUGGCUGAUCGCUAACAAACUCACACUUAAUAUGACAAAGACUGAGUUUAUGCUAAUCGGCUCGAGGCAAAAGCUAAACACCAUAACAUACUCUCCCGUUGUGAGCAUCAAUGUUACUGCCGUAAACCAGGUAUUAACGUGAAAAUCUGUAGGUGUAUUCAUUGAUGCAAACCUUACCUGGGGCAGUCAUAUCGAGAAGUUGGCUAAAAAAAUUGCCUCUGGUAUUGCAGCUAUCAAACGGGUCAGGCAACUUGUUCCCCCAUCCAGCAACAUUGCACCUUAUCUACAAAGCCUUGAUUCAGCCGCAUUUCUAUUUGGUGGGGGAAACUGUGGCGUAAAACUAGCAGACAAACUUCAUAAACUCCAAAAUCGUGCAGCGCGAGCUCUAACUUUCUCAAGCUAUGACAAAGAUGCAUCGCAGCUGUUCCAAAAUUUUUAUUGGUAAAAUCUUAGUUCUCAGCGUCAUAUCCAAUAAAAGAUCAGUCGAAUCAGAAUCUGAUCAAGAUAAGGGCGUGUGAGGUAGGUUCUCAAACUCAGUUAACGUUCCUCCUAUUAGCAGCUUCAUGAUCACAGCAAACUUCCGACCAUAGCGAUAAAAUUUCAUGGUUGAUAGCUAAUCUCAAAGUAGCGACACAGAAAACAACGGGCAUUUGACUUUAUUGACCUCAAACUCGGAUCAAACGUAUUUUGACUUGCUUAACCAAAAUGAUCUUAUAUUUGGUUUAUUUAACCCUUAUUUAUGCUACCUUUCAUGAAAUUGCCUGCCCUUCUAAUUUGGAUUAUUUUUCGGUUUUCUUAUAUUGACAAGUCAAGCACUCCAUUUCGCUGAUAAAUAACUUUGAUCACGUUAGUAGAAACAUGCAUUGUCACUGCAUGCACUGCACAGUAAACCCUUUGCAUAAAUGGCUUAUGUUUCCAGACAACUGACUUUUCACAUGAAUGUCAGGCUUAGGAUGUCAAGAAAGUAUUUUUGUUUAAAUUAAGGCGCUAUUUAUGCAAAGGUCUAUACUUCUUGUAAUUCAACAUAUUUCAAAGAGCACCUUUUAACAAGUUUUUGGUCGUGAAUUAAUUUCUGAUCUGAGCUUGUAAAAAACUUAAUUCAGUGUUAUGGAAGAAGGUGUAACUAGCAUCAAAGUCAGACUACCAAGGAAUAAUAUUUUGAAACUGGAAAGAACGUGGCUUCACCGCUGCUUGCUCGAUCGAAGGAGAAAAUACAGAGGAAAUUUGUAUCACAGCGUACUUUAGCUCAAUGACAUUCUUGGACAUCACGUGCACAUUACACUACCUAGAAUUGGUUCAUGACAUCUAGAAUGACCAGACAAAAGAUCGCCGUACGUAUGGUCCACUGCACGAUUUCAUGAUCGCCAAUGCGUUUGGGGGAAUUGUUAUCUUAACAUUUUAAUUGAAGUGAAUGAUUUCAUGAAACGUUCAUGUUUUACUAACACUCGUGAAAACAAAAUGCCAGGUGCCCGUCUUAAAUCUCCGUAAAAAUUUUAUACUAGCUACAGAUCAACAUUAAGUGAUACAAAAUUAUUUCCUUUCAGAUUGGCAAAUCUUCGUUGAGAACGAAGGCUAUGAUUGUUUGAAGCGCGUUUAUAAUCAUGGAGAGUUUCCCAUUGUCACCUACGAUAAAACUUUUACACCCAACCAAGAAAGAGAAGUUCUCCUCGACAUUUACGAGGCAACAAAUGGCAAGCAGUGGUACAACACGACCGCGUGGAAUAGUUCAACAACUCACUGUGCCUGGUAUGGUAUCACCUGCCACAACAACACAUACGUUAAAAGUAUCGUGUUGGUUUACAACAACUUGGAUGGUUCUCUUCCUUCGAAUUUGUGGAAGAUCCGCAACUUGAUGGCAUUGUGCACUCCUGGUAAUCCAAGACUGAGGGGACGCAUUGGUGACUUUUUGUUUGGAAAUAUGAGCAAACUACUCACCGUGGUGCUCAACGCAGCCUCUAUCACAGGAGAUAUUCCUCAAGAUAUCGCCAAGCUGAGUUAUCUACAGAAUUUCCUGGGUUGUACGAUGCACGGUGAUGGGUUCACUGGUCGUUUGCCAGACAACAUAGGAAACAUGACGGAGCUACGAUUACUCUGUCUUGGAGGAAAUAAUCUAACCGGACAAAUUCCAAGAAGCAUUUCUAGAUUAAACAAGCUCUAUUAUCUGGACCUAAAAAACACACCUGGUAUGAUGCAUGGCCAUCUAAGUGACUUAUUUUCGAUUUCUUCGCUAAAGAUUCUGUCGGUAUCUGGGGUCAAAUUAAUUGGCGAAAUGCCUUCAAUGCUGCCAGCAAAUUUACAAAGUCUCGUUCUUCCUGGUAACAGUAUUUCAGGCAAAUUUCCUGAAAUAAUUCCGGGAAUUAACAACCUUUCAGAGCUGAAUUUGGCAAACAAUGAACUGACAGGGGAUAUCCCAGGUCAGUUGCUUCUUUUGCCAGAUAUUAAAAUGAUCGAUUUGUCGCAAAACAAGUUUUCUUCAAUUAACAAAGGGAAGCCGUGGCCUAAACAUGUCUCCACAGCAGCUAGACCGUACGUUUCUCUGGCAGGAAAUAAAAAUUUGAACAUUGAAUUAGCAAGCUUUAUGGAAAUCUUCAGCGAAGGUCCAUUAGUUUUAAAUUUGAGCAAUUGUGACAUAGAUAGUCGUUUGCCCGUAAGAGUCUUCUACUUUGCCAUGACUACCUGCGAUUUACAUAAAAACAAGUUUUACGGAGAGAUAUCGGAUAUUUUUGGGGACACGUCCAUCCUGAAUUAUUUUGACAUCUCCUCGAAUAACCUGUCGGGAAGUUUUCCACUAGGGAUUCAAACUCUCACCUCCUUACAAUUUUUGGAUAUUUCUGGAAAUCCUUCUAUGCGAGAAGCAACUACAGCAUCGUCGACCGUCUUUCGUCCUGACUUUUCAAGAAUGUUUAAACCAAAGGAAGAAGAUAACUUUACUUGUCCUCAAGGACGGCUCACAAUAAGCAAUGGCCGUAUUCGUCUGGAUCCAACAUUUUACGAGUACAAAUAUUGCGUCUGCGAUCCAGGUUUCUACGGAGAUAGUGGGUUGUGCAAGAAAUGCAUGGUUGGUGGGACGUGCAAGAAAUGCAUGGAUGGUAAGACGUGCCCUCAGUUUGGCUUCACUGAAUCAAAUUAUGUGCACCCAAACAACAUGACAUUGCGAAGUGGCUAUUGGCCAUCGCCCACUCCUAACAGUGUCACCCAUCUGGUUAAGUGCCCAGUGUCAACUGCAUGUAAUCCAUCAGCUUCCUGCACAUGUCGACUCGAAACAUCACCAAAGGACACAAACUCGUCCCAUCACAGACCUUCAGUAUCAUCACUGAUCACAACAUGCGAUAACUCCUGCAUCUGUCAUGAAGGAAACACGGACAGGUUUUGCUCUCGUUGUGUUCUGCCUAAAAUAUUUGAACCACCUGACACGAAGUUUACAGGUUUCCCGCUGGUUUAAAUGAUGAUAGACAAAUAAGGAACCUUUGCUGUGUCAUUCCUUGCUCUACUUUGGUCAUACUUUUACUUCAAUCUGAGACCAAUGAAAUGGUUUGCAGUUACGGCAGCUCAUUUUCUUUUAAUGUUAACAUUCAUGUUGUUGGAAUUACUACCAGCCUGGGUUUUCAAAUUAAAUCUGGUGGUCUUUGUGCUGUGUAUGACCAGUAGAGGAAAAGCAGCCCGACCUCUUAUCAGCAUCACAGUGUUUUAUAUCCAAACCAUGGAUUUUUUGAUAUCCAGUGCCAAUGUUUGGCCUAAAAAAGUCGUAGUGGCUCAGACGUACUUGAGUAGUUACUGGAACCUUUAUUUUCCUUCGCUUUCCUGCGACUUACCUUCCUUUUUCACUCCCGUUGGCAAGUUUGCUUUUCUGCUUCUCCUUCCAGUUGUUUGCAUGGCAAUGAUAGGUUUGUAUUUCAUCAUCUUGAUGACUUACGACAGAUUUCGUCGAGACCAGGAACGCAUGGAAAAGGUUCAUUUCAAAUGUCGUCAAAGUGCCUUCUUUUGCCUUAACUUCAGCUACUUUCCCAUCGUAAAGCAAACUCUCUCCAUUCUACGCCCAUGCCACAAUGACCGUGAUGUUCUUUACAUGCCAAACUUUCCCUGGAUUGAAUGCACCUCUCACACUUACAAAACUCUAUCAGUCCUUGGUGGCCUCUCUGUUGCGUUUUAUCUCAUUGGGUUUCCCUUGCUUCUCAUUUAUCUGAUGUUUGCUUUCUUUCGAAAGAGAGAAAUCAUGAGUCCUGAAGAUCGCGAGAAACUUGAUGCUUGGCUUGGUCCUGUCUACUUACCUUACAAACCAAAGUACCAGCACUUCUUCGAGGUUUUCAUGCUUCUUCGACGCUUGCUUCUUGCCACAGCGUUGUCUAUGAUUUCUUCUUCCUCUUCUUUGCAAACGUUUGUUGUUUGGCUGAUACUUAUGGUUUCAGCCAUUCUUUGCUUACGUUUAGAGCCCUACGACAAUCGGUCGAUUAACCGAUUGGCCCAAGAGAAUGUUUUCGAGCCCCUGGUGUUGUUCGUGUUGUCCAUGUCUUUUAUGCUGGUGAGGUUUUCGGCUUUGGACAGCUCCUACACAGUUGCAUUCGUCUGGGUUGUGAUGUUUGUCAAUUCAUGCGUCCUGGUCGUUCUUGUAGGUGUUAUUUUGCGUCUUCUUGUUGUCACUGGUAACAGUAGCGACAAUGGCAGUUUGGCUCCAACCAUAAAUCCUGAUGGAUAUGAGAGUGCAAGAGAAGAUGAAAGCAACAACGAUGACGAGAGACACCGCUUGCUGCAUGUUAACGAGCACCGGGUUUAUAACUUCAGGCUCUGAAUAUUUACAUGAACCCAAACGUUCACAAUCUUCUUAUUUUAUAACAAUCUGUUCGUCUGCGUGUUGUCAUCGUGUAUAGGCCAACAUACUCUGCGGAGCAUCCCGUGACUACGAGUGUUUUCUUUCAUGAAUUCUCAGUCUAUCUCGAGUCGUUAGUCAUGUGUAGUAAGUUACUGUUAAUAUGUGGUGAUUUUAAUAUUCAUAUGGACGUUCCAUCAGACGCUGACAAUAUCCGGCUCAAGGACCUGUUAAACUCUAUGGGUCUGGUACGGCAUGUCAAACGACCCACUCACAUACAUGGCCACACCUUAGACUUAACUAUCACACGGCAGGCUGAUGAUAUUGUGGACGGUGAGCCCCUUCCUGAGAGAUAUUUCUCUGACCAUGCUGCUGUGAUAGGUAAGCUAAGUGUGGCGAAGCCUCCACUAAGAAUUAACCAUGUUAAAUACACGAAACUCAAAUCAAUUGAUAUAACUAAACUGAAAGAAGAUAUCCGCAAUUCUCAGCUAUAUAAAGACCCGCCUAAUGAUUUGAACAUGCGUGUCGACUGUUAUAACACGACUUUAAGAUCACUAUUAGUUGAUCACGCGCCCGUUUGUUCUCGUCAUGUCUCCACUCGACCCAGGCCCCCAUGGUUCAAUGAAGACAUAAUUCAGGAUCGAAGGGAUAGGAGGAAGACCGAGAGAAGAUGAAGGGCAAGUGGUCUCCAAGCAGAUCUUGUAGUAUUUAAAGCUAAGCGAAAUUAUGUCAUACAUUUGAUGAAUGAAGCUAGAUGUACUUAUUACAAGGAAUUCAUUGACGAGAACAGUUCGGACCUCUCAAAGCUGUUCCGGGCUAGCAAGAGCCUGCUAAAUCUGCAAGCGGACAAGUCUCUCCCACCUCACACUGACGCAUCUGUUCUUGCAAAUGAGAUGGGUGAAUACUUCAUCCAUAAAAUAGUGGCUAUUAGAUCAAAGCUAGCUGGUAACACGGUCUCUCCUGCGGUUACUGAGCGGGCACCUCACGGUUCAUCGAGUAGUGAUGACGUUGUCACGCUAUCAGAGUUUUUACCUCUCUCCGAAGAGGCUGUAAGGAAGAUGGCUGUGGCGUCUAUGAAGACAUGUACUCUGGACCCUCUUCCAUCAUCCAUCUUGUUGGUUUGCAUAGAGGAGUUACUUCCAGUGAUUAGUAGGAUGAUGAACGUAUCACUAGAGCAGGGUUACUUUGCAGAUGACUGGAAAAGGGCAGUAGUACAUCCUCUGCUCAAAAAAUCUGGUCUUCGAUUGAUAAACAAGAACUUUCGGCCUGUGAGUAACUUACUGUUCACGUCCAAACUCACAGAGGAAGAGGUUGCAGUACAAUCACAAGAGCACAUGCUAGUCAAUGGCUUGUUUCCAGAAUUGCAAAGUGCUUACCGCCAACAUCACAGCACGGAGACCGCACGACUCAAGGUGAAGACCGAUCUCCUUAUGACGAUGGAUAAAGGUAAAGUUACGCUGCUGGUGCUUCUCGACUUGAGCUCUGCAUUCGACACCAUCGAACAUGAAAUCCUUCUGGAACGAUUGAGGUCAACAGUUGGAUUGCGGGGGAACGUACUUUCUUGGUUUCAGAGUUACCUUAAGGGCAGAUCACAGCAAGUGUCUAUCAACGGAACUCUCUCAUAGCCGUUUGAUUUGAAAUGUGGAGUUCCUCAAGGGUCAUGCCUGGGCCCGCUUUUAUUUAGCAUCUACGUGAGUAAGCUGUUCCAGAUUCUAAAACACGAUCUGCUCCCCGUUCAUACUCAUGCGGAUGAUACAGUUGUAUUUGUCAUUUAAGCCCUCUGACUCUUCCAGUGAAGUCGAAGCUGUACCAGCCAUGCAGAGGUGCACCUGCGAUGUCCGAGCAUGGAUGAGGGAGGAUCAGUUGAUGCUCAGUGAUGACAAGACUGAGUUCCUGAUUAUAGGUACUCGUCAGCAGCUCUCAAAAGUUUCGAUCCAAAGCAUCAAGAUUGGGCAGACUGAAGUCUCCCCUGUAGCCUCUGCGCGCAAUUUAGGCACAUGGUUCGAUACGCAUCUAGAUAUGGGAACUCACAUUACAAAGACUUGUAGCAGCGCUUUCUAUUAUUUAUACAAUAUACGUCAUAUUAAGAAAUAUUUAUCCAGAGAAUCAACUGAGAAAUUAGUUCAUGCUUUUAUCAGUAGUAGAUUGGAUUAUUGUACUGUAAUAGCCUUUUAUAUGGUAUCCCGGAAUAUCAGACUAGAAAAUUGCAACGUGUUAUGAAUGCGAGUGCAAGACUUAUAUAUCGCGCGCACAAGUUCUGUCAUAUAACACCUCUACUCGCAGAAUUACAUUGGUUACCAGUGCGCUCCAGGAUACAUUAUAAGAUACUCUUGAUAACUUUUAAAAUUUUGCAUGGCCUAUCACUUAAGUACCUCUCAGAUUUAAUUAGUAUUCAACAGCCUUCGUCCUACGAUUUGAGGCGCAACGACAAUGGUCGUUUGUUGGAAAGACCAAGUGCGAAAACCAAGAAAACAAUGGGAGACAGAGCUUUCCAGGUAGCUGCUCCUUUCCUAUGGAAUAAGAUGCCAAGUUCCGCGGGCGAAGCAACGAAAUUAGAAUCUUUUAAGACUUUAAUUAAGACAUUUUUAUUUAAGGAAUCAUUUCAGUUAUCCUAGUAUAUCUCUAUCUAUAUAUAUUUGCAAUUAUCUUUUACUCAUUUAAAUGUAAAUAUUUUAAAAUUCAUGUUAGAAAGAUUUGUAAAAUUUAGUUAUUAAUUACUAUUGUGAUGCGCUUUUGAAUAUUUUAUAGAAAAUUUUAAUUGCCUAAAUUCUUCAAAACGGGGGAAAAUAAAAUAAAAAUGAGUGGCUCACGUUUCAAAAUAUUUAGCUAUGAUCUUUCUUAAAGAUUUCAGCAGACAUUAUAUUGCAGGAUGUAAUAGAGACUUCGUUUCAUAAAUUGAACGACAACUGCACGUGUUUUAAUUGCAGCUUUAGGUAUAGACUGUCACCGACCCCUCUAUUCAAGCGUGCGCAAGAAAAAGCGAGCGAAGUUAGCGCGAAGCACGAAGUCUUGGAGGUCGGGUUUGCGAGNCGCGCGCACAAGUUCUGUCAUAUAACACCUCUACUCGCAGAAUUACAUUGGUUACCAGUGCGCUCCAGGAUACAUUAUAAGAUACUCUUGAUAACUUUUAAAAUUUUGCAUGGCCUAUCACUUAAGUACCUCUCAGAUUUAAUUAGUAUUCAACAGCCUUCGUCCUACGAUUUGAGGCGCAACGACAAUGGUCGUUUGUUGGAAAGACCAAGUGCGAAAACCAAGAAAACAAUGGGAGACAGAGCUUUCCAGGUAGCUGCUCCUUUCCUAUGGAAUAAGAUGCCAAGUUCCGCGGGCGAAGCAACGAAAUUAGAAUCUUUUAAGACUUUAAUUAAGACAUUUUUAUUUAAGGAAUCAUUUCAGUUAUCCUAGUAUAUCUCUAUCUAUAUAUAUUUGCAAUUAUCUUUUACUCAUUUAAAUGUAAAUAUUUUAAAAUUCAUGUUAGAAAGAUUUGUAAAAUUUAGUUAUUAAUUACUAUUGUGAUGCGCUUUUGAAUAUUUUAUAGAAAAUUUUAAUUGCCUAAAUUCUUCAAAACGGGGGAAAAUAAAAUAAAAAUGAGUGGCUCACGUUUCAAAAUAUUUAGCUAUGAUCUUUCUUAAAGAUUUCAGCAGACAUUAUAUUGCAGGAUGUAAUAGAGACUUCGUUUCAUAAAUUGAACGACAACUGCACGUGUUUUAAUUGCAGCUUUAGGUAUAGACUGUCACCGACCCCUCUAUUCAAGCGUGCGCAAGAAAAAGCGAGCGAAGUUAGCGCGAAGCACGAAGUCUUGGAGGUCGGGUUUGCGAGCGAAGCGAGCAAGAAGAACAUAUAUAUUUUUCUCGGUCACCACCACCUCAAGUCUUCCGUUUUGCGCUGGCGUCCAGUUCUCUCUCGAUUCCAUACAGGGAUUCAACAAUAGAAUAAAAUACGAGAAAAUAGAGGGUUGUGAACAGUCUAUUUUA